AUGGCAGAAACCGCAGCAAAGAGACUCAAGACAUCCCCCGUCAGCAUCGGUACUCACAAUGGCCAUUUCCACGCCGAUGAAGCCCUCGCCGUCUACAUGUUACGCCUCCUACCAACCUACAACUCCUCUCAACUGAUCCGCACAAGAGACCCAGCUCUCCUUUCAACCUGCCAUACCGUCGUAGAUGUUGGUGGAGAGUACAAUGCUGCAACAAACAGAUAUGACCAUCACCAGCGGACCUUCACGACCACAUUUCCCAGCCGCCCAACCAAGCUCUCUUCCGCUGGCUUGGUCUACAUGCACUUUGGCAAAGCUAUCAUUGCACAACAUCUAGGUGUCUCAGAAGAUGCAGAAGAAGUAAACGUUAUCUACGGCAAGAUCUACGAAAGCUUCAUCGAAGCACUAGACGCACACGACAACGGUAUCUCAGCCUACGACCCCAAAGGCAUCGCAGCCGCCGGGCUAGAAAAGAAGUUCAGCGAUGGAGGAUUCUCAUUAGGCGCCAUGGUCUCGCGAUUGAACCCUAACUGGAACGAUCCUACGCCUUCUGACCCGGUUCAGGCACAGCAGGCUGAGGAUGAGAAGUUCUUGGUUGCGAGUGCGAGGAUGGGAGAGGAGUUUUCGCGGGAUCUGGAUUAUUAUACUAAGGCAUGGCUUCCGGCGAGAGAUAUUGUGCAUAAGGCGUAUGCGAAGCGCUUAGAGUAUGACGCAAAGGGACGGGUUUUGGUAUUUGAUGGCCAAUCUGUGCCAUGGAAGGAUCAUCUGUACACUUUGGAAGAGCAAGAGGGUGGUGAUGCUAAGGUUCUCUACGUUUUAUAUCCAGAGAAGCCGACGCUGGAUGCCAAAUGGAGAAUACAAGCUGUUCCUGUUAGCAAGGACUCGUUUGAAAGCAGAAAGCCGUUGCCAGAAGCUUGGAGGGGAUUCAGGGAUGAGGAAUUAAGUGAAAAGUCGGGAGUCAGUGGAGGAGUCUUUGUGCAUGCUGCAGGGUUUAUUGGUGGAAACAAGACAUUUGAUGGUGCUAUAGCAAUGGCUAUCAAGGCAUUAGAUCUCUGA